AUGGAUGAAAGUGAAUUGAGAAAGUUGCUGACAACUAAAAAUGGAUGUCGAAUUCCGAAGAUGUUACCUAUACCAGAUGUUCAUAAGAUGGAUAAAUUACCAUUUGAACCAUUACCACCUUUUAAUCGGAUUAAGGAUAAACAGGCAAAAUUUCGUAAAAUAUUGAAGGAGAAAGCUACAGAGAGGAAAGUAAAAAUAGCCCGUCCGAUAUGUUUACCGCGCGAAUUGGACAACUUAGAAAUAUCCCAAGAUAGACAUAUUGCGGUACUCAGAGAAUGUGCUGAUAAAAUCAAACCACCUCCUAUGCUGAAAUCAUGGGAGAGAAAGAUAAUAGGAUUGAUACCAGCUAAACUUCGUAAUGCCUUCCCUGCGCUAACAGAAGAACUCAUUGAGGAGAGUAAGGAAGCAUGGAAUAAGAAUUUGCAUGACUUAGCUGUAAGGACUGUCAUCCGUGACGUUCCCGGAGUCUCUAGGAGAAGAUAUGUGGAGCCGCCGUUCAAAUUCCACGGCGUUACGCCAAAUUUCGAUAGAAUGGUGAAGUUUCGGAAAAAACUUAAAGAUGGUUCAUUGCUUUUGCAUCCGUUCAUAAGGCUUGUUCUGGAAUCUUCUGAGAAAACAUUCCCACCUUAUAUCAUAAGUUUGGCAAAAUAUCGUGCACGAGGCCCGAUGGAUAUAGAAGAAUUCCAAACAAAAAUUUUAGAAGAAAUCAAACGUGCUGACUAUCUAGUGUCCAGUACGUGGUAUUCGAUUCUUGUAACUUGGCUUAAAAACCCACGAUGUUUGAAGGGAAUGCGUCCUAAACGUAUUCCAGAUUUUGUGAAAUGUGCAACAAAGAUGAUUUCUAUGCAAAUUCAAGAACUCAUGCGUCGAUCUAUCGAUGCGAUUAUAGACUCUUUGAAAGAUCCAGAUUCCGUCCCAAUAUUAAACGUAGAUUUAAAUUUUGAUGGCGAAUUCUUUUAUGAACCGUCUCUUGAAAAUUUAUAUGAGGUUUAUCAUAAUAUUGCUAAUGCUAUUUCUCGUAUAUCUCAACGACUUAUGCCUAUUGAACAAUAUCUCAAAAUACCAUACAAUAACGAUGCUCUGCCCGUUCAAUACAACGAGUGGCUACAUAAAGAUGGACAUGACAGAUUACAGAAAGUAUUAUUUGAAGUGUUCUCACCUCUUGUCGAUUACUUAGAUAGAUUGAGAAAAGAAUACAGUAUGCUGUACGGGGCUCCUGCUAAAUCAGCACUUUUACAUUUUAUUGAACAAGCUAAAGAAUUCGAAGAAUCACGUGAUAAAAUAAAAUAUUUUCAAGGCAUUGAUUCCGAAAUAACAGCGAUUCUUGAAAAUGAAUAUUUCAAUUGUGCUAUUGUAGGUCAGCUUAAAAUGGUCGACGGUUUAAAGAGUAAAGCCAUGGAAUUCAUAAACGACAUAAUUGCCGGUAUAGUUAAAACCCACAUGGAUGAAAACAACAGUAUAUGUCAUGAAUUUGAAAUAAUUGCUGCUAAAGCACUUAAAGAACCCGAAAAUGCCGCGGAAUUAAUUGAACAAGGCGUAUAUAUUUUACACGCUAAAACUGUGUUAGUUGAAGCAUUGAAAGAAAGAAUUCUUAGGCAAAUUGAAAUCAUAUCAAAUUUAUUAGAAAUGACGUCUCUGUCCCCGGAUCAUGUGGCAUCUAAUACAAAGACUGUGAAUUGGUUGACGGACAUUAAACCUAUAUUUGAGAAAAAUGCCGCUGCUUAUGAAACAUUUAAAGGUGAAAUGGAAGACAAUUUGCAAUCAAAAAUAGCAUUCUUAAAUAAAGAAGUUUUAGAGAUGAUUCCUUACUUACAACUUUUGGAUAACAUGGAUGACAUUAAUUAUACCUUACAAUAUUUAGAACACUUGCGUAAACUUGUGCAUCGAUUGGCCGAUUGUGAUAAAUUAGUUGCUUGGAUAAAUAAUGAAGAAAAAACUUUUAAAUUUCCCGUUUCGCAAUAUCCUGAUUUAGAUGAACUAAAAGACUUUAUACUGCCUUUUCAUAGCCUUGUUCAUCUUGUACAUAGAUGGAAACGAAGCUAUUAUACUUGGAUGGAUGGUCCUUUUGAAUAUUUAGACCACGAAAAAAUUGAACAAGACCAUGAUUUUUUCUAUAAAGAAUUUCUUAAAUUGUCCAAAGCAUACAGGACUAAAAUUAAACAACAAAUUUCUGAAGGCGUUGAAAAACGUUUCCAGGGACUUGUCGAUGACCCUGAUAUAAAUAAUUUACCCGCACCUAUGAAAUUAUGCGCUCAAUGUGUCAUUGAAAUUAAAGACUGGCGGCCAAAUGUACAAAUGGCACAUAUCAUGUGCAACCCAGCAUUAGUACAGAGACAUUGGGACGAGAUGUCUGCAAUUGCUGGAUUUGAUUUGACCCCAACUGCUGGAACAACAUUGCGAAAAAUAAUUAAUUUUAAUUUGUGGGAUGAUAUAGAUCAAUAUGAAAUAGUAAGCGUAGCCGCUACGAAAGAGUUGGCAUUAAUAACCAAUUUGAAUAAAAUGAUAUCAGAAUGGACUGAUAUUUGUUUUAAAACCAGUCCUUACAAAGACACUGGUAUAUUUAUACUAUCUGGUCUUGAUGAUAUUCAGAGUGUUUUAGACGAUCAUAUUGUGAAAACAGUCGGCAUGCGAGGUUCAGCUUUCGUCAAACCUUUCGAAGCACAAGUGCGGGCUUGGUAUGAAAAAAUAAUGCGUGUUAAUUCAACAAUCGAUGAAUGGGGUAAAGUUCAAAGUCAGUGGCUGUAUUUACUGCCAAUAUUUUCAUCAAAGGAUAUCGUAGCACAAAUGCAAGAAGAGGGAGUUAUGUUUGUGGAAGUUAAUAAUAUCUACCGACGUUACAUGGGUUCUGUAGACAAAGAUCCGCAUGUUCUGGAUGUUGCUGGUGGAGCUGGAGUUUUAGAAUCAUUUAAAAUAGCCUCAGGUCUCCUUGAGAAAAUAAAUGACGGCGUUAAUAAUUAUCUCGAAAAGAAACGAUUAUACUUUCCACGUUUCUUCUUCUUAUCUAAUGAUGAAAUGUUGGAAAUUUUAUCAGAAACUAAGAAUCCACUCAAGGUUCAGCCACAUCUCAAAAAAUGUUUUGAAGGUAUUAAUAGAUUAGUUUUCGAUCCUGAAUUUAAUAUAUCAGCUAUGAUUUCCAUGGAAGGCGAACAAAUUGAAUUUCUCGAAACCAUAAGUGUUGCAGCAGCAAGAGGAUCCGUUGAAAAGUGGUUACUUCAAGUGGAAGAUCAGAUGCUUAAAGCUGUGAAAUCGGAAACUGAGUUAUCUUAUUAUGAUUAUCCUAAUAUGGGCCGUGUAGAAUGGAUUUUGUCAUGGGAAGGAAUGGUUGUGUUAGCGAUUUCUCAGAUUUACUGGGCGGUUGAUGUUCAUGAAUGUCUGAAUACACACAAGCUAAGUCAAUUACAGGAAUUUCAUGUCGGCUUAACAAAGCAACUAAAUGAAACCGUAGCAGUUAUAAGAAGAACUGAUCUUACAAAAUUAAACAGCAUAACCGUAAAAGCACUAAUUGUAAUAGAUGUACAUGCUAAGGAUGUCAUAUUUGAGUUAAUUGGAAAAAAUGUUACUGAAGUUACUGAUUUUCAAUGGCUUGCUCAAUUACGUUACUAUUGGGAAGAGGAAAGGGUGUUUGUAAAAAUUAUCAAUGCUGUAGUAAAUUAUGCAUAUGAAUACUUAGGUAAUUCGGACCGUCUUGUCAUAACACCAUUAACAGAUCGAUGCUACAGAACAUUAAUAGGUGCGUAUUAUCUACAUUUAAAUGGUGCUCCUGAAGGACCGGCUGGGACAGGAAAAACUGAAACUACCAAAGAUCUCGCAAAGGCUCUUGCAGUACAGUGUGUAGUAUUUAAUUGCUCAGAUGGUCUAGAUUACAAAGCCAUGGGAAAAUUUUUCAAGGGCUUGGCUUCGUGUGGUGCGUGGGUUUGUUUUGAUGAGUUCAACAGGAUUGAAGUUGAAGUUUUGUCUGUAAUAGCACAGCAAAUUUUAUGUAUUGUACAAGCAGUAAGGCAACACUUAGAAACAUUUGAAUUUGAAGGAACAACUUUAAAUUUGAACCCAGCUUGUUAUGUUUGUAUUACCAUGAAUCCCGGUUAUGCUGGGCGAUCAGAAUUACCGGAUAACCUAAAAGUAUUGUUUCGAACCGUAGCUAUGAUGGUACCUGAUUAUGCUAUGAUUGGUGAAAUAUCAUUAUAUUCGUUUGGUUUUAUAGAUGCUCGGAAUUUAUCCGUAAAAAUUGUGACAACUUACAGACUAUGUUCGGAACAACUAUCUUCACAAAACCAUUAUGAUUAUGGAAUGCGUGCUGUAAAGACUGUUUUAUCGGCUGCGGGUAAUUUAAAAAGAAGCUUCCCGAACGAAAGUGAAAGUAUAUUGUUGUUGAGAUCAAUUACAGAUGUAAAUUUGCCCAAAUUUUUGUCUUUUGACGUACCUCUAUUUGAAGGCAUCAUAUCAGAUUUAUUUCCAGGUAUUACUCUACCUAAACCUGAUUAUGAAAACUUUUUACAGGCUUGCCAUGAUGUUUGUGAAAUAAACAAUUUACAACCAAUGGAAUGUUUCUUGAUAAAAGUUAUUCAAACUUAUGAAAUGAUGAUAGUAAGACAUGGAUUUAUGCUUGUAGGUGAUCCAUUUUCGGCUAAAUCAAUGACACUUAAGGUAUUAUCAGAAGCAUUAACAUUGAUGGAAGAACGAAAUCAGCCUGAUGGUUGUGCUUGCACUUAUAAAGUUUUGAAUCCAAAAGCCGUCACAAUGGGUCAGCUAUACGGAGCUUUUGAUCCAAUUUCUUAUGAAUGGACUGAUGGAAUUGUAGCAACGAUGUUUAGAAACUUUGCUUCAGAGGAUACUCCAGUUAGAAAAUGGAUUGUUUUCGAUGGACCAGUAGAUGCAGUAUGGAUUGAAAAUAUGAACACGGUUUUGGAUGAUAACAAGAAGCUUUGUCUCACGUCCGGUGAGGUUAUGGCUAUGUCCAAUGUUAUGUCCAUGAUUUUUGAAGUAAUGGAUUUAGCUCAAGCCUCCCCUGCAACUGUUUCUAGGUGUGGUAUGAUAUAUAUGGAAUCUGCAUCACUCGGAUUUAUGCCUUUUUACAAAUCUUGGUUAAAUACUUUGAAUCCUAUAUGGCUAGAAGAAAAUGAAGAGUUUAUUUUUGCAAUGUGUGAGUGGCUAUUUGAUCCGUUGGUGUAUUAUGUCCGGAGACAGUGUUCGCAACUUGUGACAGCCGGUGAAGUGAAUUUGGUUAUAAGCACUCUUCGCCUUAUAGAAAUGCUAAUGGACAGUGCAAUAGAAGGAGAAGAAGACACAAAAUACACAAGAACAUGGAUUUCAGCUUCGUUUAUGACUGCGUUUGUAUGGGGUGUUGGAGGUAUAUUGAACACCGAGUCACGUGAACGGUUUGAUGACUUAGUGAAAGAAUAUUUUAAAGGAGAGAAUGGUAUUCCUCCUGAAAUAGACAGGCUCGAUGUGUCCAUCCCAACGGAGGGAAUGAUAAUUGAUCAUUAUUAUAUGUAUAAAAGUAAGGGUUGCUGGAAACCUUGGCCAGAUGCCGUUAAAGCAGCUCAAGUUAAAGAGCAAAUAAACUUACUACAGACCGUUAUUCCGACUUUAGAAACCGAAAAAUAUAUAUUUCUUUUAAAAUUACAUACGAAGUUUUUGAAACCUUUGUUAUUAAUUGGACCCACUGGUACUGGUAAAAGCUUUUAUGUUCAAAAUUUUUUGAUGAACAUGAUUGAUAUGGAAAAAUAUACUCCUGGAUUUAUUACUUUUACUACUACUACCUCAGCGAAUCAAACUCAAGAUUUAGUUAUAUCGAAAUUAGUUAAAAGAAGAAAAAAUAAUUAUGGACCUACGAAGGGCAAACAAGCUAUAAUAUUUAUAGACGAUAUGAAUAUGCCAGCUAAAGAAGUUUAUGGUGCGCAGCCAGCUAUAGAAUUAUUGAGAUUAUAUUUUGACAUAAAACAUUGGUACGAUUUAAAAACUACAGAUAAUUUAUACAUUUAUGAUACAAUAUUUUACGGGGCUAUUGGUCCUGUCGGUGGAAGCAGACAACUUAUUUACCCCAGAAUGUUAAGACAUUAUAAUAUAUACUCGAUUAACGAAUUUUCGAAGGAAAGUAUGUCUAAAAUAUUUACUUCUCUCUUGCAACUCGGUUGGAGAAGAAAUGGGUUUGGACAGGAUACACAACCUGUAAUUGUAAACAUUAUUGCUGCUACUAUGGAUAUAUAUGACCAAGCUACUGAAGGAUUAAGACCUACUCCCGCAAAAUCGCAUUAUAUCUUUAAUUUGCGAGAUUUUUCAAGAGUAAUUCAAGGUUGCGCUCUGUUAAGAAAAGAAUCCGCUGACAAUAAAAAGACAUUCACAAGAGUUUGGGUUCAUGAAAUCAUGAGAGUAUUUUAUGACAGACUUGUCGACGAACCUGACCGUUUAUGGUUUUACAAUAUUUUGAGAAAAUCUACUAGAGAUUUUAUGAAAGAUACGUUUGAAUCUGCUUUGGAUACUUAUCAAGAUGAUAAUGGUGAAGUGACGCAGGAAAAUAUUAAGAAAAUGAUGUUUGGUUGUUACUUGGACACUGAUAGUGUUGAAGGUGAACGACGUUACGAGGAAAUGCCAUCAAAAGAAGUAGUUCUAAAUGUUGCUAUAUCAAUGCUUGCAGAGUAUAAUAGCAUGCACAAAGCUAAAAUGAAUAUUGUAUUGUUUGACUACGCUUUGGAACAUUUAUCAAAAAUUUGUAGACUUCUUUCGAUGCCGACGGGCAAUGCCUUGCUUGUUGGUGUUGGUGGCUCUGGUAGGCAAUCAUUAACAAGAUUAGCAAGUACUAUUUUGGGGCAACAAACGUUUCAACCGGAAAUCACAAAAUCUUAUAGUGUUAAAGAUUGGCAUGACGACAUUAAAUUAGUUUUACGUGAAUCCGGUGGUCUAAACAAGGAUACCACGUUUUUGUUUACUGAAAGUCAAAUUAAGGAAGAAGUGUUUAUACAGAAUUUAGAUAGUUUACUAAAUUCUGGUGAAGUACCAAAUUUAUAUGGAUUAGACGAAAAACAAGAAAUUUUAGAAUUAGUACGACUUGCAGCUCAAGGAGGGAAUAGAAAUUUGGAUAUAAGCCCAUUGCAAAUUCUUUCAUUCUUCGUAGGCCGAUGUAAAGCGAAGCUUCAUGUUGUUUUAUGCUUCAGCCCAAUUGGGAGUUCGUUCCGAACAAGGCUUAGGUUGUAUCCUUCAUUAGUUAACUGUUGUACAAUAGAUUGGUAUGACAGCUGGCCAGAAGAAGCUUUGGAAAUGGUAGCCAAUCAUUAUAUGGGUAAAGUCAAUGUUCCAGAUCCAGUCAAGCAAGCUGCUGUUAUUGCAUGUAAACAAUUCCAUGUCGAUGCACGAAAAGUUUCAAUCGAAUUUUUCAAUCAGUUCGCCAGAAAAACAUACAUAACAUCUGCAUCUUAUUUAGAUUUGAUAAAAUCAUUUACAACAUUGACUAACCGAAAGCAAAGGGAAUUACGUGCAGCUAAGCUAAGAUAUACUAACGGUUUAGAUAAAUUAAUGCAAGCCGCUGAUGCUGUAGCUAUAAUGCAACGUGAUCUAAAUGCACUUAAACCUCAGCUCAUCAUUAUGGCGGCAAAGUCAACCAAAAUGAUGGAAGAGAUUGCAGUUGAAACAGCUAUAGCUGAUAAAGCUGCAGCACAGGUUCGAGAAGAUCAAAAGGUCGCGAAUGUUCAAGCAGCUGCCGCACAGGAACUCAAAAAAGAUUGUGAAGCUGAUUUAGCAUUAGCAUUACCUAUUUUAGAAGAUGCUAUAGCUGCUCUUAAUACCUUGAAACCAGCUGAUAUUACUAUAGUAAAAUCGAUGAAAAACCCACCGGCAACGGUUAAGCUAGUAAUGGCAGCAGUUUGUGUGAUGAAGCAAAUUCCGCCCGAUAAAAUACCUGACCCAGAUAAUCCCGGGAAAAAAAUCUUUGAUUAUUGGGGCCCUAGUAAAAGAAUAUUAGGUGAUAUGAGUUUCUUAGAUUCACUUAGAAAUUUUGAUAAGGAUAACAUACCUGUUGCUGUCAUGCAAAAAAUAAGAAAGGAAUAUCUGUCAAAUAAAGAUUUCAAACCACACAUUAUUGCAAAAGCAUCUACUGCCGCUGAAGGGCUUUGUAAGUGGAUAAUCGCUAUGGACAUGUAUGAUGCCGUUGCUAAAGUGGUUGCACCAAAAAAAGCAAAGUUGGAAGCAGCAGAAAGAGAAUUUGCGGAAACUAUGGCAAUUCUAGAAGAAAAAAAAGCCACAGUAGCUCGAUUGGAAGCAAAAUUAGCUGAACUAAACGAGGCAUUAGAGGAAGCUAAUAUAAAGAAAAAAGCUUUGGAAGAUGAGGUACAAUUAUGUAUUGACAAACUUUAUCGAGCUGAAAAACUAAUAGGUGGUUUGGGUGGGGAAAGAGUUCGUUGGACUGCUGCCGCUGAAAAUCUUCAAAUGCUUUAUGAUAAUUUAGCUGGGGAUAUUUUAGUCUCGUGCGGCAUAAUUGCCUACUUAUCUCCUUAUACGUUACCUAUUCGUACAGCAGUUACAGAAAAAUGGCGCGAUCUCGUUAUUCAUUUAAAAAUGCCUCAUUCAGAAACUUUCGUAUUUAAAGACAUUUUAGGAACAGAUAUAAAAAUUCAAAAUUGGUACAUUGCCGGCCUACCCAGAGAUUCAUUCUCUACUGAUAAUGCUAUAAUACAAGAUAAUUCAAUGAGGUGGUCUUUACUCAUAGAUCCCCAAGGCCAGGCUAACAAAUGGAUUAAGACAAUGGAAAAAUCAAAUGACUUACAAAUUAUGAAAUUUACAGAUGGAAACUACAUGAAAGUUAUUGAGACGUGUCUAGAAUAUGGAAAACCCGCGCUUAUAGACUGUAUUCUGGAAGACGUAGAGGCACCGUUAGAUCCUGUUUUACUUAAAAAUACUUAUACUCAAGCUGGAAAGGAGUUUAUUGCAUUGGGUGAUAACGUGAUAGAAUAUCAUCCAAAUUUUAGACUAUACAUGACCACAAAACUUAGGAAUCCUCAUUAUUUACCAGAAAUAUUUAACAAGGUCACUCUUAUUAAUUUUGCCUUGACCAAGGACGGUUUAGAAGAUCAACUUCUCGGUAUUGUUGUUGCUAAAGAGAGACCAGACUUACAAGAAAAACGCGAAAAAUUAAUAGUGCAAGGAGCAGCUAAUCGUGCUGCUCUAAAACAGGUUGAGGAUGACAUUUUAAGAACUCUACAAGAAUCUAAAGGCGAUAUUUUAGAGGACGAAUCUGCUAUUGAAGUUUUAGAUUCAUCUAAAUUACUGGCUAUUGAUAUUAUGAAAAAGCAAGAAGCUAGUUUAGAAACAGAAGAGAUCAUUGAAAAGUUUCGAUUAGGAUACAGGCCGAUAGCGUCACAUUCAGCCGUACUUUAUUAUUGCGUAACAGAAUUACCAAAUGUAGAUCCUAUGUACCAAUAUUCUCUCACGUGGUUUAUAAACUUGUAUAUAAUAUCUAUUGAAAAUGCUAAUAAAUCUAAAGAUUUAGAGAAGAGAUUGAAGUUUUUGAGGGAAACAUUUACUUACAAUCUUUAUAGUAAUGUAUGCCGGUCUCUUUUCGAUAAAGAUAAAUUAAUGUUUUCAUUUAUCAUGUGUUCUAAAAUGAUGUUAUCUACUGGUGAAAUGGAUCAUGAAGAAUAUUUAUUCCUUAUAACGGGUGGUAUUGCUGUUGAGAAUCCACACAAAAAGCCAUUUGAUUGGUUACCAGAUAAAAGUUGGGAUGAAAUUUGUAGAAUAGACGACUUACGUGCUUAUAAAGGAUUUAAAAGUCAUUUUCUCAAUUCAACAUCAAAGUGGAAAGAAGUUUAUGAUGCCCUCGAACCGCACAAUAAGCCAUUGCCCGGUAACUGGGAUGAAAAUCUGACAAACUUUCAAAAACUAUUGGUCAUAAGGGUCUUAAGACCUGAUAAGUUAAAAAUUGCUAUGACAGAUUUUGUAGAAAAACAAUUGGGAACUAAGUAUAUUACCCCACCGCCAUUUGAUAUAGCUAAAUCUUUUGGUGACUCUAAUUGCCUAGCACCUUUAAUAUUUAUUUUAUCACCUGGGUCUGACCCAAUGGGUGCUCUCAUGAAAUAUUGUGAAAGAAUGGGUUACUCCCACAGAUUUAAUUCUAUAUCAUUGGGACAAGGACAAGGACCUAUUGCAAGAGCAAUGAUUGAAAGGGCACAACUAGAAGGCGGGUGGGUGUGUUUACAAAAUUGCCAUUUAGCAGUUUCUUGGUUACCUGUGUUGGAAAAAAUUGUUGAAGGUUUCGAUUUGACUAAUACUGAUCUAAGCUUUAGAUUAUGGUUGACUAGCUAUCCUUCAGAUAGAUUUCCUCAGUCUGUUCUACAAGUCGGAGUAAAGAUGACCAAUGAACCACCUACAGGUUUGCAACAUAAUUUAAAUCGAUCUUAUCUAUCUGAACCAUUAAAAGAACCUGAAUUUUACGAAGGCUGUCCUGGUAAAGAUAAAGCGUUUAGUAAAUUAUUAUACGGAAUAAGCUUUUUUCAUGCAGUGGUUCAGGAAAGAAAAAAGUUUGGCCCUUUGGGAUGGAACAUUCAAUAUGGCUUUAAUGAUUCUGAUUUUCAUAUAUCUGUCAUGCAACUGCAAAUGUUUUUGAACCAAUAUGAAGAGAUCCAAUAUGUUGCAAUAAAAUAUCUAACCGGAGAAUGUAAUUAUGGUGGUAGAGUAACAGACGAUUGGGAUAGGCGACUCAUAGUUACAAUUUUAGAUAAUUAUGUAAAUACCGGGGUAGUUAAUGAUCCAAACUACUCAUUUUGUGACGUGGGGUCCCAAUAUGGUCUACCUCGUAGAUGUGAAUAUCAAGACUAUCUUAAACACAUAGAAUCUGUCCCCGUUAACCCGCCUCCGGAAGUAUUUGGCUUACAUAUGAAUGCUGGAAUAACGCGUGAUUAUACUAUUUCUAUGGAACUCGCAGCUGCUUUAGUCUUAGUGGAAGGUACCGGUAGUGGCGGUGAAGGUGGUAAUACUGAAGUUAUUUUAAUGCAAAUGGCUACUGAAAUCGUGUCCAAACUACCCGAACCAUUCGACAUCGAAACGUCUCAAAAGAAGUAUCCAGUUGACUAUAAUGAGUCAAUGAACACGGUACUUAUACAAGAAAUGGAAAGAUUUAAUAAACUAUUGAGAGAAGUUAAAGUGUCUUUACUUGAUUUACAAAAAGCUGUUAAAGGAUUUAUUGUAAUGUCACCUGCGCUUGAUUUACAAGCAAAUGCUAUGCUUCUAGGAAGAAUACCAAAUAACUGGGCAAAAGUUUCUUAUCCUAGCUUAAAACCUUUACCAAGUUACAUUGCGGAUUUUAUUGAACGUCUUGCAAUGUUAGAAGAUUGGUAUCAAAAUGGAAAACCACCAACGUUUUGGUUAUCUGGUUUCUUUUUCACUCAAGCGUUUCUGACAGGUUCUGUUCAGAAUUACGCGCGAGCUAAGAAAAUUCCAAUUGAUUUGCUUAUAUUUGAUUUUGAAGUAAGGAAAGUUGAUUAUGAAACUACGCCACCGGAAUCUGGAGUUUACGUACAGGGUCUGUUCAUGGACGGUGGACGUUGGGAUCGUGAUAAGCAUGUUAUCGGAGAACAAUUACCUAAGAUAUUGAACGAUCAUAUGCCCGCUGUGUGGCUCUUCCCCAAGUUAAAAACAGAAUUUGUUGAAGGUACAAGAUACAGAUGUCCCCUUUAUAAAACGUUAGAAAGAAAAGGUGUUCUUGCAACCACUGGUCAUUCGUCUAACUUCGUUUUGGCAUUCUAUUUACCAUCAGACAUGCCUUCAGCCCAUUGGAUAAAACGAAGUGUUGCCUUGCUACUUCAAUUAGAUAAUUAAACUAAUAUAGAAUGAUUUUUGAAUAACUAAUCAAUUUAUUUUCUUCGUCUUUUUACAUUUUUAGCUACGUAUUUAUUAUGUUUAAUUGUACCAAGUCUCUGUGCGUCUUGACAAAAGUAUUAGAAUUUAUUAUUUUCUCUAGUAGUUAGUUAUUAUUUAUUAGAUUUUAUACUCAUGCAUGUUAAUGGU